ACUCUCGGCCCGCUGGGGGGCAGAGCGCGGGGGAGCUCCUCGAGAGCGCCCUGCGCCCGGUCGCAGCAGGAGACGGCCGAGACCAGCCGCAGGGGCAGGCGGCGCGCGCGCGCGACGUCAAGGGGGCGCUGCUCCGGCUGUUCCGCCAGCGCGAGUGCGUCGGGCUGCCCGCGGACAACUUGGGCAUCGCCGCGGCGGGGCUGCGGGCUGUGCUGGCGGAGGCCUGCGCGGCCAACCCGAAGGUUGUUGGAGGGCAGCCCCUGGACUGCACCUCCCUUGCGGCGCUGCUGGGGCAGCUGGUAGCGGCGAUGAACGACAGGCGCGUCCUGAGUGUCAAGGGCGCCUGGGAGACCGUGCAGCACACGCACUGCGGCGGCCUCGCGGACGAGCUGCGCGCAGAGGCGUCGGCGCUGCUGCACCGGCUGGUGGCGGGGCAGCCGCUGCCAGGCGGGGCCAGGAUCCCGCUCACCGACGACGGUCUGCACGUCGUCCUGCGGGACCAGCGGCGCGCCCUGAAGUCGAAGUGGGAGGCGCGCGCCAUCGGCGACGAGUCCGUGCGGCGGGAGUACUGGUGCGAGCUGAAGGACACGCUCUCCCGAGAGGAAGCGCUGGUCCGCGCGCAGAACACACGCGCGGCGGAUCAGGACCUGAUGGAGGCGUUGCGCACGUGGGGGGACUGGCUCGACAAGGAGGCCGACCAGGACGCUCGCACAAUCGACGAGGUCUGCGGGGCGUUCGGGCGGCUGAUGGAGCAGAUGCCCGCGCGACCCGUUGCCCGCGCAGGGCGCCAGGCGCUCCUCGCAGCGGCCCGCCGCGUGGCUUCGGUGCGCCGGGCGCUGGAGAGCGAGGCGGAGAGGCGCACCGGAGCGGAGCGCGAGGCGCUGGCCCUCGCGGAGGGCUCCGCGCACCAGGAGGCGGCUGCGCGAUCAGAGGCGGACGAGCUGGCGUCCUCGGUGUCGGACGGACUCCGGGGCGCGGAGCAGGCCGAGCUGGCGGCCGAGGCGGCGCUCCGGGAGCGCGAGGCCGGGGAGCCCGG